AUGGUAGCAACACCUGAAGAUCAUUCAACAGGCGACCCCACCUACCUCAACACCAAGUACGCUCCUACACCAGUACUCACAGUCCCACGAGUCGCUACACGACCCCACCGUCCACUAAGCGAUCCUUUCAAUAGGCCAGUCGCUAUGCCUCUCAACAGCAGCGAGAUCACGAUCCCUGGCUUCUCAGCAGAGCAAGUCCGCUCCAUUACCAAGCUCAUAGAGGAAGCGCUUGACACGGCACUUGAUAAGCGAUUUGGACCACUGCAGCCACAGCAAAAGCAAGCAGUCAUUCCGCCAAAGCCGGCACAGCCACCGAAGCAGGAACAAGCGCAUAGGCCAUUGCAACAGGCAAAUAUGGAGAAAAUUGCGGAGAAAUUUACGGAGAAGAACAAGAGCAUGGGCAGCACCAGUCCUAUUCAAUCGGGCACACUCUCCACAAUCCCACACCAGGCCACUAUGCAGAAUUGCGGAGAUCCUUCCCCUCGCCUCAGCAGUAAUCCACUUUCUACCUCGCUUCUCGCCUCUCUUCUCGCCUCUCAACUCGCCUCUCUUCUCACUUUCGCCUCUCCGCUCGGCUACAUUCGAUUCGCGAAGGAUAUGGAGGCUAUAGGCCAAGGAUAG